AUGAUUAGUAAGGGAGUUGCCGAAUCACGGUAUCAGUUGGCUUUGAAGCUUUUUGUUAGCAGAAACUUUGAUAAGUCUUUCCAACACAUUCGUCAACUUUAUAAUGAUAUAAUUACCACCCAACCACUUCAUCUACCUGUUGCACUUGUUGGUAAUAUUGUCAAGCUCUAUUUGACGGAAAUAGGGACCAUAUUCUCUCGGGAUGAUGCCGGAAUGGAUUAUGGUGCAAAGAAAGCGGCAUUGGCCAGUUUGAAGAACGACACUCUUCAUUAUCAAUUGCAAGAUUUGUAUGAGCACCAAUUUGAACAAGACAUACCUUGUGAUAUUUGGUAUACAUUGCUUUCUGCUGAGUUUGUACUUCGGAACCAAAUAUACUCUGAAAAUCAAGAUACUGAACUUGUUAAGAAGUUUCAAAGUGCCUUGGAUACAGUUCAUUCUAGUGGACAAGAUCCGACUUUAAAGAAAUUGGUGGAUUUAUUUGUAUUCCAGGUAUUGCCAGCUUACAACAUGUUUGACCGUGCAGAGCUUAUAAUUACCCAGCACCCAGUUUAUGUGAAUAAGAUGAGUGAAUCUCAAACCAAGUUGGACCGCAUUCGUCAGAAUCAACGUGCAAAAGCUGAAGAAGAAAGGAAAAUGGAGGUGGAAAGAAAGAAGUUGGAGCAAGAAAUAAAAGCCAAGGAGAUUCUUCGGAAGAAGGAGUUAGAAAAGGAAAGACUUCAAAAGAAUAGAGCCAUUAAAGAAAUUAAUGACUCUUAUAUGAAAGAUUCAUCUUUGAAUAAUCGACAACAGAGAAUUUCAUCAAAUUCAUCAUCAAUUUCCUUAGUUUCUAAAUUAACCUCCAGAAUAACUUAUUUGGCUUCAGUAUCUCAAGAGUUUAUGAAAGAGAAUGCUAUUAUAAUUUUGGCCACAAUUUUAAUUGCAUUUCUUGCAUCCAAAUUUAUUAAUUUGAAGAAGAUUAACAUUAGGGAGAAGAUAUCUGAAACCAUUAAAAUGGCCUUCAAAGUCACAUAUCUUUAA